AGAUGCCUUUCGCUCGUGCUUUCCGGCGUAUCUCUCGGCGCCACCUCCGGCCGCUGGCCUCCUUCCUCCUCUCCGUCGACUGCCAUCCAUUGCCGCUUAUAUAAAGCCUCACGGCUCACACCCUUGUAGCUUCGUUCAUUCCUCCACAACAACAGCUCGAGAGAAACGGGAGCGGGAGAGAGAUCAUGUCGAAGGGCACCCGUUGCUUGGCGCUCGUCUUCUUCCUCCUUGGCGUGGCUGCUCCGGCGGUUUUGGCCGUCGCCGAUGGGCUAUUACCCAACGGAAACUUCGCGCAGGCGCCGGGCAAGUCCCAGAUGAGCGGCGCGGUGGUGACGGGACGCUACGCGAUACCCUGCUGGGAGAUCUCCGGGUUCGUCGAGUACAUCCAGCCCGGGCACAAGGAGGGAGACAUGAUCCUGGCGGUGCCGGAGGGCGCGUCCGCGGUGCGGCUGGGCAACGACGCCACCAUCCGGCAGACCAUAAGCGUCAUCCGUCAGAUGCACUACUCCGUCUCCUUCAUGGCCGCGCGGUCGUGCGCCCAGGCCGAGAAGCUCAACAUUUCUGUCGGCGACGAGUUCGGCGUGCUUCCCGUUCAAACCGUGUACACUAGUACAGGUUGGGACACCUACUCGUGGGCCUUCAAGUCCAGGCACGCAACCGUGUCCUUGGGCAUCCACAACACCGGCGUCGAGGAGGACCCGGCGUGUGGCCCUCUCAUCAUCGCCGUCGCCAUUAAGACCCUCACUCCUCCCCAUCGCCCCAAGGGAAACAUGCUGAGGAAUGGGGACUUCGAGUUGGGCCCGUACAUCUUCCCUAGCACGCCAUGGGGCGUGCUGGUGCCGCCCAUCCUCGAAGACAUCAACUCGCCGCUCUCGGGCUGGAUGGUCAUGUCCGACACCAAGGUGGUCAAGUACGUGGACGCGCCGCACCACAAGGUGCCGCAAGGCGCGCGGGCCGUGGAGCUGGUCGCCGGCAGGGAGUGCGCGCUGCUGCAGGAGGUGCCCACCGUGAUCGGGUGGUCCUACAGGCUCUCCUUCUCCGUCGGCGACGCCGCCAACGGCUGCAGCGGGUCCCUGGCCGUGGAGGCGUACGCGGCGCGGGGGACGCUCAAGGUGCCGUACGAGUCCCACGGCACCGGCGGGUCCAAGCCCGCCGUGCUCGAGUUCACCGCCAUCGCCAACGCCACGCGCGUCGUGUUCCAGAGCUCCAACCACCUCAUGAAGUCAGACGCCACGCUGUGUGGGCCCGUCCUUGAUGACGUCUUCCUCGUCCGGGUGCGGAAGCCCGCUGCCCGGCGCCGGCUGCGUUUGUAGAGAGCGCAAUUUUCUUUUUCUGAAUGUACAUCAUCAUUUUGCGCGGGUUGGAGUCUCCACACUACACGCAGAUUUUGAAUGUGCCUCAAGUACGUGCAUCCUUCUCUUUUUUCCUUGUCCAAAGAGGUGAGCUCAAAAAAAAAAAAGUUAUUAGGGAUUUCUAUUUUCGUGCCCUCAGGUUCUUAGUUGUACUCAGUUUUUUCUAGCCCCUUAGUUUUUCCUCAGUUUUUCUCAAAUCUUUGUCUGAAACCCGCAGAAGGAGCUCGGACGGAAGGAAUCCGUUUAGUUGAACGUUCCGUGUUGACGUGUAGGGCCGCGUCGUUGAUGAUGUCUUGCUCGCCCGAGCUGCCCGCCGGCUGCGUUUGUAGGGCAAUUUUCUUUUUCUGUACAUCAGUUCUGAAUGUAAUGUCCAUUUUAAAUUUACAUUACAUGAGUUGAAACCUACGGGAAAUUUCUUCUAGUAGCGUUCGACUCCCACGCAAAGCAAGGAAUUGCAACAUGAGGUUUGAGUGGAUGAUUUUUUUUUUCUUUAAAACAUAGU